AUGUCUUCUGUCAAGCAAAACCAACAACAACCUUCAUGCCACACUCUCUUCUCUCUCCGCGGCUCACUCCUAACUCUCGCAAUCCUCACCCUUCUCUCAUUCACAUAUCUUUCCCUCAAAUACACCACCCCUUCAUCUCAGGUGUCAUCAUCAGUUGGGAAGCUUGUAGAUGCAGGAAGAGACGAGAAACUAGAAGAUGAUGAUGGUGAUGAAUUUGGAGAUGUCUAUCACUUACCACGCGUUUUCAAGUUGAAUUUUGCGGAAAUGGAGAAGAGGUUCAAGGUUUACAUAUACCCAGAUGGGGAUUCUAAGACUUUUUAUCAGACUCCGAGGAAGCUUACGGGGAAGUAUGCUAGUGAGGGUUAUUUCUUUCAGAAUAUUAGGGAGAGUCGUUUUCGCACUCUUGAUCCCGAACAGGCUCAUCUCUUUUUUAUUCCUAUUUCAUGUCACAAGAUGCGUGGCAAGGGCACGACUUAUGAGAAUAUGACCAUAAUUGUACAAAAUUACGUGGAGAGCUUGAUAUCCAAGUAUCCUUAUUGGAACCGAACAUUGGGUGCCGAUCAUUUCUUUGUCACUUGUCAUGAUGUUGGUGUGAGGGCAACAGAAGGACUACCAUUACUUGUGAAGAAUUCCAUUCGAGCAGUGUGCUCCCCCAGCUAUGAUGUUGGAUUCAUUCCACACAAAGAUGUUGCGCUCCCUCAAGUGCUACAGCCAUUUGCUCUUCCAGCCGGAGGGAAUGAUGUAGAAAAUAGGACUAGUCUUGGAUUUUGGGCUGGUCAUCGUAACUCUAAAAUUAGAGUUAUUCUAGCGCGUGUAUGGGAAAAUGACACAGAACUUGACAUUUCAAAUAACCGAAUUAGUAGGGCUACUGGGCAUCUAGUGUACCAGAAAAGAUUUUACAGGAGUAAGUUUUGUAUAUGCCCUGGUGGAUCACAGGUUAACAGUGCUCGAAUAGCAGACUCUAUCCAUUAUGGAUGCAUACCUGUGAUAUUAUCAAAUUACUACGACCUUCCUUUUAAUGAUAUUCUGGACUGGAGAAAAUUUGCUGUUGUACUCAAGGAAAAUGAUGUAUAUCAGCUUAAACAAAUCCUCAAAAAAAUAUCACAAGCCGAGUUUGUUGUACUUCAUAAUAAUUUAGUCAAGAUUCAGAAACACUUCCAGUGGAAUUCACCUCCAGUGAGAUAUGAUGCUUUCCACAUGGUUAUGUAUGACCUCUGGUUACGCCAUCACACCAUCCAAUACUGA